AUGAGCCAUGACCAGGAACUCGACGCUCUGCUCCAGCGUUCCGCUGAGAAAUCGUUGAAAUCGCUCAAUGAGGAGGAAACUGCAUGCUUAGUGUCGUCUUUUCUGCCAUCUCAUCCUCCUGCCGCUCGUUCAAAGGCAUACUUAAUCCUUUCUUCCUUCUGUCAGGCAGUGCGCUCAGCAUACCAGACUACCACUCAAUCCGAGUCGGACCCUGCAGCUGCCUCGAUUGCCCGCUCAUUCUCCUCGCAUGUACUCGAGAAACUGUCUGGAGCGAACGAAUAUGACACCCUCGCGUCUAUCUCAUUCCUGAUUGCCUUAUAUCAGGUGGAUUGGCAGGCGGCCACGUCCAUCCUUUCUAGGGAUGGUAUUAUCGACGCUGUCAUGGAUGCUCUAGAUUUAUUCUCGUCGUCGAAGGCUAUAAACCUAGCCCUUGCGCAUCUCCUCUCCCAGGCUAGCGGUCAUACAACGGCGCGAGCCAUGCUUCCGUCACAGUGUUCCGAGUGGCUGGUCGCGAAAUCUUCGCAGAAGACCGAUCCUGCCCUGCGUGCGGCUGCUGUCGUGGCGCUCGUCAAACUUUCGCGAGCAGAAAGCUCUGAUGCUUCCGCAACCAAACCGGCUGAAGGCGUCGCUACUGAUGACGAGCUGGCGAACUUGAUGAAGGAUCUUCUCCUCGAAGGAAAGGACGAAUCUUCAGUGGCCGAUGCUAUCGAAGGCCUUGCGUACACAAGUACCGAUCCUCGAGUGAAAGAAUCGUUGUCCCAGGAUGAGCCAUUCCUACGGCGACUGUUUUCUCUCGUGCCGAAGCGACAAAAAUCCAUUUUGCAGGGUCUUCAGGAGGAUCGAAAUACGGCAGUCCUGUACGGCAUCGUCAUUAUAAUUGCCAAUAUAUGCGGCUAUCGUCCACGUAUCAGCAAGGAGCAGGCGCAAGUGGAGAGGUUGAAGAGAAUGACGAAGACCGGUGCCUCACGAUCGGGCAAGUUGGUCGAUCCUGGCUCAGAUCCUCUUGAGGAUGACACUCGCGUAAAGGAGAGGGGAAGCCGAAUCGUCAAACUCGGUGCCAUCGACGCUCUAGUGUCGGCAGCGAGAGGUGUCGACAGUCGAGGUGUUCGAGUUGGAGUGGCAAAUGCCCUGUUAAGCUUGGUCGAAGACAGGGAAAACCGGGGAAGGGCGCUGCAAAGUGGUGCAGCGAAGACCCUAAUGGCUAUCAUGCGCGCAUCACCAGCGCUCGUGGGGGAUACCAAAUCAUCCGUGGAUCCAGCGGAUCUGCUUGCAGUACAAGCAUUAGCCAAAUUGGCCAUAACGUCUUCUCCGAUACAAGUCUUUGGACCCGACCCAGGAGUCAUGUACGACACCAUACGCCCCUUUUCUAUCCUUCUCAUGUCGUCAUCAUCAAAUCUGCUUCAACGUUUUGAAGCACUCAUGGCCCUCACGAACAUUGCAUCACAUGGACCUGAAGCAUGCUCCCGCAUCGCGAAGACGGAUGGAUUGAUGAACAAGGUUGAACUUUUGCUGCUGGAGGAUCAUGAAAUGGUUAGAAGAGCUGCUACAGAGCUUCUUUGCAACCUUGUCGCGGGUUCUGAAGAAGCCUUCGAGCGAUACUCUAGUGAGAAUGGCGCGAAGUCCAGGCUGCACAUCCUCGUGGCGCUGGCGGAUGUAGAGGAUCUGCCUACGAGGAUGGCCGCGUCUGGAGCACUCGCGGCUCUGACAUCGUCACCGAACACAUGCCGCACACUCAUGGAGCUGCAGCGGGAAAGACAUAGCAUGCUCUCUAUCGUCGCGCAGUUGAUUGACCCGUCAGUGGGCGUAGCUGGCGAUGACAAUACGGAACCCCGAAACCCUGCCCUUGUUCACCGCGGCGUCGUCUGGGCAAGAAAUAUCUGGGCUGGUUGCCCGGAAACUGAUGCACGCAAGGAUCUCGUCAAGGAAGCGGAGGCGUCGGGCCUUGUCCGGGCACUGACCGGCUUAGUGAGGGAUGCGCCGAAGGUGGAUCCCGCGAUUCUUCAACCAACAGCCGAGCUGCUAAGGCUGCUGGUGGGCUCGGGAAUCGAUAUCAAGUUUUGAACCUGAACGUAUAUGGUUUGGGACAAGUUGUAGUGAUGACCAUAGUUCGAACAUGUAUGGCUAUAUUUGUGCAGCAAUAGCAAUCGUUGGAC